UCGUCUCAACUUGCAGCAUUCAACAUUCAAAGAUUUUAUGCGCAAUACCCUACAUCCUGCGUCCCUAAGGGGUUUUUUAAAGCCCAAAAUACCAUUCUACAAAGAAAUCAUUCGGACCAUGUUUACUCAUUAUGAUGCAAUCAUUAUUGGCUCAGGCCAAGGCGGUACGCCGCUUAGUAUGGCUUUUGCGCAAGCGAAACACAAAACUGCAUUGAUUGAGAGCUCGCAUGUAGGAGGUUGCUGCAUCAAUGAAGGAUGCACUCCGACCAAAACUUUGAUUGCAUCUGGAAGAGUGGCGUAUCUUUCGCGUCGCGGUCCUCAGUAUGGUGUGUAUACAAAUCAUGUCAACGCUGCCAUGAAUGAUGUCCAGGUGAACAUGGAGGUUGUAAGACAGCGGAAGCGCGAUAUCGUUGAUAGUUUUCGCAAUGGGAGUGAGCGCAAACUACAGGAUGCCGGAGUGGAGCUUAUCUUUGGCACAGCAUGUUUCAAAGAUGAGCAUACGAUCCAGGUACGCUGCAAGGACGGCCCUGAGAAGAGUCUCACCGCCGAUCGUAUCUUCAUCUGCAGUGGAGAACGCCCAGCCAUACCCAAGAUGGAUGGAUUCAAUGCUGCUGCCUUCCCGCCAGGUACUGUACUUGACUCAACCUCUAUCCAAGAAUUGGGAGUAGUUCCCUCACAUCUCGUCGUUAUUGGCGGAGGUUAUAUUGGCCUCGAAUUUGGUCAGCUUUUCCGCCGACUAGGUGCCGCCGUUACUAUUGUACAGCGAGGAGCUCAACUACUUCCCCGUGAAGAUGCCGAGGUCGCGGAAAUGAUGCGCAAUGUGCUAGAAGAGGAUGGUAUCCGAAUUCUUCUAAACACGGCCCCUACGGCGAUUCGCUCUCACACCACUACCCCAGUGUCGGUGUUGGUGUCUGGUCAGAAUGGCCAAUCCGAACUACCAGCCUCUCACGUGCUCUUUGCUGCUGGUCGCGUACCCAAUACUGAGUUUCUGAACUUAGGCGCAGCUGGUAUAGAGUCAACUGCUCGUAGUCAUAUUAUAACGGACACACAGCUGCGAACAACCAAUUCCCGAGUCUGGGCUCUUGGCGACGUCAAAGGCGGGCCAGCUUUUACACAUAUAUCAUAUGACGACUUUCGUUUGCUACGCACUAACUUGCUGGAAGAGGGGAGCCUCAGUACCGCUGACCGCCUUGUACCUUACGUCGUCUAUACCGAUCCACAGCUUGGUCACGUUGGCCUACACGAGCAUGAGGCUCGCGAAAAAUUUCCAGAUCGUGAGAUUCAAGUCGCCAGCAUGCCAAUGUCGUAUGUUGCACGCGCGUUGGAGACAGACGAAUCUAGAGGAUUAAUGAAAGCAGUCGUUGACGCGGAGUCGAAGCAAAUUCUUGGAUUCACCUGCUUGGGGAUCGAGGGUGGUGAGAUAAUGAGUUUGGUAGAGAUGGCGAUGAUUGGAGGCGUCAAAUGGCCAGUUUUGCAGAACGCAGUCUGGGCGCACCCCUCACUGGCUGAAAGCCUGAAUAAUAUUUGGAGCUUUUUAAAAUAGAGUGAUAGGUUAUUACCGCUAACAAUCCUUAUUGAUUUACCACAUCGG